UUUUGUUUUGCUUUGGCCUUCCUAGUCUACAGGUCUCAUGCCGUAUGUUGUGCGAAGGCUAAACGUCGUUUCAUAACCUGCUUUUUGUGGCUUUUAAAUUAGCCUGACGGUUUCAGCAAAAGAGUUAAAUUUAAAAAAUGGAUUUUUCGUGGCUCGAGUCAACUUUCCAUACUUCGCGACCUUUAAAAAAAGAAGACUGCAUCGUAACUUUCCUUCACUGGAUGCUUUUACGCAAUGGCUUUCUUGUUUUGCAUUCUAAAGAGGGCCAACUGAAUGUUGGAGAUGUCGAAGGAAAAGAGAUACUUCCUGAAACAUGGAACAAGGACAAUGUUUAUGAACUACAAUAUGUAAAAAAUGGGCAGUUGCAUGUGAUGAAAGCAGUGAUUAUCGAUGGAGAAAUUGCCCUUACAUUUGUGCGAAUGAAGGAUGAGAAAGUAACAAAUGUAGUGCUGGAAACAGACACUGUAAUUGGAAGUGUUUUCCAGUCAUAUAGAGAAGCAUUCAAGGAUAAAGUUAAAUUGUAUAAUCUAAUUCUCAAAGAGUUGGUGAUUCCAUUUGUGGAGAAAGUGGAACCAGAAAAAUCUGGUGCAUCUCCAGCCAUCAUUGAGAAAGCGCAAAGGCCUCCAGCUGAAAUGCCUUCAAGGAGCUCUUUUCCGGAUCCCUUUGCUGUUGGAGGUGGGGAUCUUGAUCCAUUAGGACGAGGUGUUGGGGGUGGAAUGCUCAUGGAUCCACGUCAUAUGGGCGGAUGGCGACCUCAGCCUGGCAUACCAGGAAAUCUUCCUCGAGGUGCUGUACCGCCUGGCGCACGCUUCGAUCCGUUUGGACCAAUUGGCACUACUCCUCCUGUGAGGGAACCUAGACCAAGAGGCCGAUUGCAUGCCCUACAAACAGGACUUUCUAUUAAAAAAGAAAAAGAAGACCUUUCAUUUUUACUUGCUUUGAUGGAUUGGUUGGAAAAAGCCAAACAAAAUAUGAAAUCAAAUGAGACAGUCUCUGAUGAAAUUGUUGCACAAGCUCACUUGGAGAAUGUGGCAAUAAAGCUUUUUAAUUGGGCAGAUACUGAAGACCGUCAUAAGCAUUAUAACAAGAAUGUGGUCAAAGCAUUCUACUCUGCUGGAAUGCUGCUUGAUGUGUGCUCUGUUUUUGGUGAACUCAAUGAAGAUGUGGCCCAACAAAAAAAAUAUGCUAAAUGGCGUGCAGCACAUCUUCACAAUUGCUUGAAUUCUGGUGAGAAGCCUUCAGAACCAGCACCCAAACCAGAUGAACAGCUUAUCAAUGACUCAGAAAAUCUAGAAUAUGGUUUUUCUUCGGACCUCAGGCCGGAACCAGGCCAUUUUCAUGUACAAGAUGGCGUUCGACCGACCAUAAGUGUCCCACCUAAACCAGACACUCCACCUUCCUCCGUUCCCACAUACGUGCAAGAGACCAGCAGUCUUCUAGUCACUCCGGAACAAAUAGCCCAAGCGCAAAAACAUUGCAAAUACGCUUCGAGUGCUUUGACUUAUGAAGAUGUACCUACUGCUAUAGACAACUUGCAAAAAGCGCUGCGUUUGCUUCAGUUGGGUCAGCAGUCUUAAAUAAGUGACACCGGCUGUGAGAAGAUUGUUUAUUUUCCUUUUGUGCGUUCUCACGAUUCAAUAAAUUGUCAAUAGAAUUUACAGUAUUCCA